AGAACAUUGAAAAAAACUCGAAGAAGCGACGAUGAAGCUAAAUUUCUUUCGUUGUAUUGGGCUUUUGUUUUUAUAUCUCUUGUCACAGGUUGCUCGAGGGAUUGAUGAGGAUUGCAGAACCGAUAUGUACCCACCUAAAGGACCAACGUUUAAAGGGAAUGUGACAUGGUACACUGUCAAUCUCAAUUUACCUCCAAGCGAGAGGUGGACACAAGUGAUCAAAGACAAAAACAAAGAGUUGAUAGCAAUGGUUCAGACAAUGAAAGACAUGGCUAAAGGUUUUCUCGAUGGAAAACUUAUUGGUUUAGUAGAUGACGAGCUGCCUUGGCUUGUGGAUACACUUCCAUAUCCUUUCGAUGAAGAGAUUAAAGGAAUAGCAGCGGUUUCUGGCGUCCCUCUGGGUGAGAUUGCGCUGUUCAAUAUUUUUUAUGAAGUUUUCACUGUUUGCACAUCACUUGUUGCAGAAGACCCUAAGGGAAAUAUUUAUCAUGCCCGUAAUUUGGAUUUUGGAUUGUUUAUGGGGUGGGAUCAAGAAAAUAAAACCUGGACUUUAACAGAGAAACUUAAGCCUCUUGUGGUGAACGUUAAAUUUGAACGGGACAACCAAACACUCUUUAAAUCCACUACCUUUGCUGGAUAUGUUGGCAUGCUCACUGGAAUUAGACCUGGUGAAUUGACAUUAACAAUGAAUGAGCGUUUCAACAUUGAUGGGGGAUACAUAGGGAUUCUGGAAUGGAUUUUUGGAAAGAGGGAUGGAAUGUGGAUGAGUUUCCUAACUCGCAAAGUCCUGGAAAAUGCUACCAGUUAUGAGGAUGCCAAAAACCAGCUCUCUCAGACAGAAUUGCUCGCACCAGCUUACUUCAUCUUGGGCGGUAACCAAACUGGGCAGGGUUGUGUGAUAACCAGAACUCGAAUAAACACAUUGGACAUUUGGGAACUGGACAUGAAGCUUGCGAGAUGGUACGUCCUGGAAACUAACUAUGAUCACUGGGAAAAGCCUAUGGUUUUGGAUGACCGCAGAACACCAGCGAUGAGAUGCAUGAAUCAAACCACACAAGGGAACAUUUCUCUGGCAACAAUAUAUGAUGUACUGUCAACAAAACCAGUCCUUAAUAAGUUGACAACUUACACAUCACUCAUGGAAGUCUCAACAGGAACUCUAGAGUCAUAUGUCAGAGACUGCCCAAAUCCAUGCACACCGUGGUGAUCUGCUAAUACUGACUCGACUGAUGAAUGCUGUAUUAGAUUGUUGUCAUUGCAGGGUUAGAGUAUUAGAAACUUGUUGAAAAUGGUCACUAUUGCAACUCUACCUCUGAUAUUUCACAAAUGUUUUUACAGGGUCACAUUACAAGUGAAACUUUAUCACAGCAUUACUUGUGCCAUUGUAGCAUGUCUUGUUAACAAACACAUUUUCAAUAGAAAUCUAUUUUUUCAGCGUAUUCUAAUUGUGCUACAUGUGGGUGUGUUAAAUUAAUGUAAAUAGUUAUUGUCUUAUUCUUAAAUAUUUUGCUGUUCUCUGGAAAUGUAUUUUGGAAAUAAUUUUGAAGACUAUUUUUGUAACUUGUAAUGAUAUUUGAGGUUUAUUUUGCUAGGCUAUUGUUUAUGGAAUUUUGCUUAUGGGUCAGAUUAUGGCAAGUCUAUAACAAGAAUGGGUCCUAAUUUCUGAAAGUAUUGAAUCAGUGUUCUCCAAAGAAGGCCAUGUAUUAACAAAACUACCUAAUAAUAAAAUGUUGCUUUGAUAAAGAUCA